UUCUUCGUCAGAAGUGCCACAUUUUCCGCUUUUGUUGUCCGCUGCGAAAUGACCGCUACCAUGACUUUUUUGGGGUCAAAGUUUCUGAGGGAGGGGCUUAUACGGCAGGAGCCGUAACAAUGUAUAGGUAUUUAUGAUAUACAUAAAGGUAAUUACAUAGAAGCUAUUAAAACAGCCUCAAAUCGCCCCAAAUUUAAAACUUAAGCUUUUCUGAAUUUAUAAUGAUGAUAUGCAUUCGAAAAUUAACGCUAUGAGGCUUAUCAACGAAGUUAUCAAUUUUUCAGAUAAGCAAAUUUAGUUUAUCCAAAUCGCCCCAAACUUAAAACUUAAGCUUUUCUGAAUUUAUAAUGAUGAUAUGCAUUCGAAAAUUAACGCUAUCGGGCUUAUCACUGCGCUUAUCAGUUUUUAAGAUAAGCAAAUUUAGUUUGUCCAAAUCUCCCCAAAUUUAAAACUUAAGCUUAUCUGAAUAUAUAAUGGUAGUAUCCACUCGAAAAUAAACGCUAUCGGGCUUAUCACUGCGCUUAUCAGUUUUUAAGAUAAGCAAAUUUAGUUUGUCCAAUUCGCCCCAAAUUUAAAACUUAAGCUCAACGAUUUAUCAACUGAACCAACUCGUGUAAGAGAUGAAAAGCAUCUCAACACGAGUUGGUUCAUAAUCCCGGUAAACAAUUUGAAGAGAGUGAGAAGUGAGACGGACCACCAUACGGCACUGGCAACGACAGUCAGCGGUGGUGGUGGAUACCCACCAGAAUCCGAGUCUCACUCUGCCUUUCGCUAAAUAAUGGAAACUGCGUUUGUGAAACGGUUGGGCUGGUUCAGCUCUGUUUUAAAAUUUUGUGUAAGAUGUGACUGGGCGAUAUUUUGGAUAUAUGUAAAUAUAUAUUAGGAAUUGGGUCAUUCAGACAUUAUUACUACCAUGAGAAGUGAUUAAACUUGUCAAUUGAUGCAUUUGAGCUGGAUCUGCUGGAUCAUCAUUUAAUAAUGGCAUCUUAGAUUCAUUCAUAUCAUCAUUAUUUUCAACUAUGCUAAAAUAAUAUGUAUCACAACUUUAUGACAUUGGAAUUUUUCACCACGAGAUGUUGACCUGUUCAUUUGAUUUAUUCCUAACUUCGUUGCUUAAAUCCAGAGUAAGGUCGAUUCGUAGAACGUGUAAUGUCCUAGCAUAUUCAAGGCGUUUUCAAAAUCAUUAUGCAUUAUUCUCAGAGAGAUAGUCACUUUUCAAAGAAUUGUCAAUAGAGAAAUUCCUCUCACUUUAAAAUUUAAAUAAUCGAAAGUAAAAAGUUCCAAAAUAAUUUAUUGGGUACCCGAAUAAAUAUUUUAUGGAGACCAUCAGCGUCAUGUAUGAAUAAUAAAGGUUUGGAAUUGUCAUUCCUUGGGUUUGUUAUGCUUAAACAGGAUGAGUGGAAGUGUAAACAUAAUUUUGCAUAUUGCAAAUUUAGGUUAGGUUUCUUCCCAAUAAUGGCUGAAUUGCAUUUUUUUGUAAUCUUCAUCAUGAGCCAAUUCCUUUGUUAAUGGUCAUCCACGGACUGAAUGUGAUACAAUUUAUGCCGUACUUAUCCUUUUUCAUGCCUUUAUCCAUUGAUAUGCAUAUGUAAUCAUGUACAAUGUCGUCGUAGAGCAAAUUCCAUUGAUGCUUAUAAAUAUGGGUACAUUUUCUCUCUUUCCUUUCAUUGACCAUCUUUGUCAAAUCUGCGACUAUUUAAUUCAAUUCGUUCAAAAGCUUUUUAUAUUUCUACAAGACAGAAUCAUUAAAAAACAAAAUCCUGAAAACUGUCUUGUCCGUCGAGUAUUUUUACGGAGCGUUUCAACAGCUUUUGCAGAGUUUGAUUAGUGAAAAUACAUUACGAUGGCGGCGGCGUCCACUCGAUGUGGUGGAUUAUUAGGAAUUAUUGCUGUGAUCUUUGUGCUACUGACUCCACAAGUCAUCUCCCUUCCGGUGGCUGAAGCUGAUGCUGACCCAGACGUAUUGGUGAGCAGUGCGACUCCUGAAGCUUCGGACACACCCCAACAACAAGACCCUCUGGUCCCACUCGUACUCCAACAAGAAGACCACCAAGUCGCAACAGAAGGAAUAAUCCGACCAGUGAGACAAUAUCCCCAAUUUCGAUUCGGGUCGGGACAUUCAAAACCGUAUCAUCGCCGACCUUAUUCAGGAGGCUACCCACACCACAAGCCCAACUAUGGUUCAUCGGAUGGGGACGAAUCAUAUGGAUCCGUCGGAGGCGUCAAACCUGCUGCUGUGACUCUGCCGAAUGGGAAUAGUCUCACUUCAACCGACGAAGGACAUGUUCUUAUCAAGACUCCAGAUGAGGUAUCUAUCGACUUGGCUCACACUGGUGAAUCGUACGUCUCCGUUCCUGAUGGACCCACCACCUCAAUUUCACAAACUGGGGAAAUAUCGGUGGAGCAAGUCAGCGGAUUAGUGAUGCAACUCGAGCCCAACGGUCAACUGAAUUUGGUGCGAGCUGAUGGAAGUGCUGUAAAAAUUACGGCGGAUGGGACUACAGAAUAUUUUUUUAAGAAUGGAGAAAUCUUGCUGGUGACUAAGGAUGGGACCGUGGUUCAACAGUCAUCAGAUGGAUCAAAGCAGAGGUUAAACUCUGACGGGACUUUAGUGACCCUUUUGCCUGACCACACUAUUGAAGUAGUUCGACGUGAUCCCUACUCAAGUACUUCAUCUGGAUCAGAUUCCUACACGUCCAGCAGUAGCAGUAGUGGCAGUGGUGGGGAUUACGCUGGCAGAGGGGGAUUGGAUUUAAUAAGUAUUACGGAUUCAGACAUUGCGAAUAAAGUAUUAGCUGGUUCACUUGAUAAUCUACAGGUGCUUUCUUCUGGUGCACAAAUUAAUGGUAUUGGCGGACGUUCUUCUAAUGAUGCUUCUUAUUUGCAUGCAUCUACAGUGUCGGAGAGCGGAUUUGGUGGGAGCGGUCGUGCUGGGGACGCAUUGUUGCUGGAUAUUGCUCGAAGUUCAAUUGCGAACAAUAUCCUUAAAAAUGCUGCCAAUAACAUUCAACUCGCAAGUGCAAAUGGUGUGAUCAAUAACAACGGGUUUGGCGUAGCUAGUGCAUCUGCGGAAACGAGGGCAGAAGCCAUUUUCGCCCUUGCUCUUGCCCUUGCCCAAGAAAGAGGUCUCAAUGAAGGACAGAGUACUGCUUUUGCGACAAGCGUCCUCCAGCUCUCUGGUGGUGGUGGGGUUAAGGGAAUAGGAGGUGGAGGUCUUGUGAACGUGGCCAAUAGUCAAAUCCUCAACAACUUGGGCGAAGGAGCUCUCAACAAUGUACAACUUUUGAGUUCUGGUGGGGUUAUUAAUAAUAAUGGAAAUCUAGCUGGUGGCACUUCUGGGGCUGAUUUUGCGGCUCUAUCGCAAGCCCUUGCUAACGCUGGUUUCGCCAAUAGUGGAACUAAAACUGCAUUCGGCGCUGGAGCUGUCGCCAACUCUAUCGCACAAGCCAACGCUCAGGCAACGGCCUCGGCGAAUGCUGGUCAAGUUAAGACACAUAGCGGACUCUUAGUGGGGCUCCUUGAAUCAUUGUUGGGCUCAGGACCACUCGUGACAGUAUCGAAUUCUGAGAUUUUGGACGACUUAGGCAAAGGGGCACUUACCAAUGUACAGGCAUUGUCAAAUGGGGCUGCUAUCAGUACUUCAAAUAAUUUAGGGGCGACCUCAGUAGGAGCUGAGGCAACCGCAAUAGCCCAAGCAAUUGCCAAUGCGGAAGGCUUGGGAAAUGGAGGGGGUUCUUUCGGCAACGGGGGAGGCUCUUUCGGCAACGGUGAAAGUUCUUUUAGUAACGGGGGAAGUUCUUUCGGCAGCGGUGGUGGUUCUUUCGGCAGCGGGGGAGGUUCUUUCGGCAGCGGUGGUGGUUCUUUCGGCAAUGGGGGAAGUUCUUUCGGCAAUGGGGGAAGUUCUUUUGGUAACGGGGGAAGUGCUUUCGCCAAUGCCGGAAGUUCUUUCGGCAACCGUGGAGAUUCUUUCGGCAACGGGGGAGGUUCUUUCGGCAAUGGGGGAAGUUCUUUCGCCAAUGCGGGAAGUUCUUUUAGCAACGGUGGAUUCGCCAAUGGUGGAACUAAUGCCGGAUUCGAGGUCACAGCUGCCGCAGAAGCUGCCGCUAUCGCACAAGCCAACGCCCAGGCAGGAUCAGUGAAUAGAGUGCAAGGAUCUCUUGUUGAUAUUGACAAUCUCAAGCUUUUAAACCACUUAUUGGAAAAAGCAUUGUCAAAUUUACAGGUUUUAAGUUCCAACGCUCAAGUAACCAACGUUCUCAGCGGCGGGGUUGGUUCUUCCGAUAUUCUUGGGGGUCUUACCACUGGCCUCGCAGGGGGUGGGGCUAAUGUGGACGCAUCUGCGAGUGCUAGUGCGUCUGCAUCGGCUUCGGCGUCAACCCAAGCUGGGAAACAAGGGGGUGGGCUGCUGCAUGGAGGACUAUUAGGCGGAUUACUGAAGCCAUUGGGAGGAAUCUUGGGUAGGUCUAGCGGUGAUGAAGGAGGAGGUCAUCACGGUGAGGGACACUUUCAAGGCAGAGCCUCGGGUGAUUCUAAUGACGAAAUGGAACUCCAUCGUCUCAACAAUUUAGCCAAUCAAUUUCAAUAUGCUCAACAACAACAGUUGCAGCCAGGUCAAUACGCCUACCCUCAACCCCAUCGACAGCAACUUCCAUCCUACUAUCAAUCUCAUCCUGCCUCAUAUUACACGACAGGCCCAGCUGCCCCCUCGUACUACCAACCCCCAGUCUACCCCACGGUGACCUCUCCUCUCCAGCAACAACAAUACCCUAAAAACUAUGUUACUGUCCCCAACCAACAAAGACAGCAGUACUAGAUUUUUUGUGUUGUUUAUUGAAAUCCUAAAAAUAUAAUCAAAUUGUUUUGUUACUUAUUUAUUAUGUACUCGCGUUUUCUUUAAUUCUACUUUUCAAUUACUUCAAUAUAUUUGUUGACAAAUAAAUGUAGCUGAGGUGUAAUAAUUAAUAAUAAUCAAAUGAAUGGUAAAUGCUUUUCAAUGC